GCGCACUGAUUUAAACUAAGAGGUUGCAAAACUGGCGGCGUUUCACUUGCGCAGGUUUUAAAUUUAGUAGUGCAGUUGAUAUCGGCGCUGCUAGAGUUUAGCACCCAAGGGCUACGAAUCGAGAGUUUAGAUCUGUUAAGGAGCGUAAAACUGACCGAAGGAAUCCACAAACUUUAGUCUAUAUGCUCCAGCUUAGGAGGGGGACCAUGAAAUGCCCUCAGUACGAGUCUACAACAGACACCGGAAUGGAGGACGCAGCGGACAGCAGGGUGCUCCAGCUUAAAGUUUCCGCCCUGAAACAGCAAAGCCCCUUCAAAGCCCCGCACCCCGCAGAAGUGACCGCUGCGUUUUCCUCCAGUGCAGUCCACAACAAGGAGAACAGCAGCAGCAGCAGGGACCAUGACAGGGUUCUGGAUCAUGAGUGCUUUGAGGACAGCGGUUAUCUGUCGUUGCAGAACAGUCAGAUUGAAUCUUAUGGAGAUGAAGAGGAUCAGUGUGUUCUGGGGAAAGCCACAGCAACACAACAAGAAAAGACUGUUCCAUCACCCUCUAAAUGUAAAGGGCAUUAUAAAUGCAACCGUCCUUUGUCUUUGGCGGUUUCCUCUCCAGCAGAUAAUUUUAAAAGGACAGCGUUGUCCUCCACCCCAUCUAGUGACCACCACGACCCAAACCUGCCUGUUCUGAAGUUCCAGGAAGCCGUAUGCCAGGAGCUUUCAAAGAGUUAUAAGAAGAAUAAAAUGUAUGACUGGAGCAUCAUCCCAAAGAUGGCGGAAGGUUAUCUUCUGGAUCGUGUGAUCGGGCGCCAGAUGGGCUUAGAACACGUCGACGUGUUUGUGUCGCUGCUGUCCAGGAAUAUGAAAAUAAUUCUAACAAAUAUUCUGGCCCUUCUGGGUGACAUGGAUCUCAUUAGCUGUAAAAAGGUGAGCAGGACAUGGAGGAAAAUCAUCUGUGAUGAUGCUGCAGCUCACACCAGGUGCCAGCAAGCUGAACAAACGCUCAGGGAGUCUGCAAACUCUUUGAGCCACAAACCUUGUGGUCUGACGAGAGACAUUGGCACGUCUAGGGUGGUGCUAUCCUGCAUCCAGAAGCUAGCUACCUCAAAGCCAUCAGUCUCUUUGUCUGGUCAAAGCUGCAGGAUGACCAGGUCUACUACUGCUAAUAUUCAGAAGUGCAGCAUGCCUAACACUCAGCGCUCACGCCAUGAUGAAUAUGUGCAGGCUGCCGGCGCUCUGAAGCACCACGAGUCUCUGCGGCGGUGCAGGGUUUGCUUCUCACCAGCGAAGCAUUUGUCCGAAUUGCAGCGGGCCACGUGCACAAAACCCGACUGUCAGUAUGACUUCUGCACCCGCUGUCAAGAGACUUUCCACGGCUCGACCCCUUGCAGGACUGUUCAACCACGAUCCAGCGUCUCUUCUUCCAAAUCCACCCCCUCUUUACCAGGGAGCUCUCGCAGCAAGAGGAGCAUCAGGCGCUUGUGACAGAUAUUUCCACUUCAUAGACUGAAUCAUUGCAACAAGCGAACCUCAAGCUGCUUUUAUUCAAGCUUAGUGUGCUAAUGGCACUUUUCUCUAAUGUGUCUAAUGUAAGGCAGAAGAAGAUCUACACAUGUAAAACUGCAACCCAUUGGAGAAGCACUUAGAUUCCUGCUGGGACAGUCCACCUGAAUGUGCCUUUAAAUGUAAAUUUUUGUUUGUUUUUUUUAAAAAAAAGGAGAAUUUUAGGCUUUCAUUUUCUUUAUCUGUUUUUAAAAUAAAGUAUGUAAGUUCAUUUUAUAACGUUUUAGAAUGUAUUUGAAUAAAUGUCAAGUUUAUUCCUUGCUUCUUAUGACCUUGUAUGUAAAUACACUUUUCAUAAAAGUU